AUGCUGCAGGCAAGUGUGAUAGUUCAGUUGCUGCAGCCUCCAGAGGAGAUCUUCCUUCAUGGGACAUUAGAAAAGGACACCCCUGGCUACUGGGCUGAAUGGUCUUUCAGCAUGAAGUUCUCUUUCAGCAUUUUCUUCCUGGGUGUGGUGCUGGACUCAUCUAUUGCAGAAGCGGGACAGCUGGAGAUUAGGCUGGUGAACGGUACUAGUCAUUGCAAUGGAAUGGUUGAAUUUCUCCAUAAUGGCCAAUGGGGCACCAUUUGUGAUGACGACUGGGGCAUCGAGGAAGCCACCGUUGUGUGCCGACAGCUAAGAUGUGGACCUGCAAUAUCAGCCACACUUGAAGCACAAUUUUGGGGGGGAACUGGACCCAUCUGGCUGGAUGAGGUCCGAUGCUCAGGGACAGAAUCAGAACUCAGUCAGUGUCCUGCAAGCAAUUGGGGAGAGCAUGACUGCACACAUGAGGAAGAUGCUGGUGUUGUCUGCUCAGUGGAAAUCAGGCUGGUGAAUGGUUCAAAUCACUGCAGGGGAAGAGUUGAAUUGCUGCAUAACGGCCAGUGGGGCACAGUAUGCGGUCACUACUGGGACCUUGAGGAUGCCAGAGUUGUAUGCCGGCAGUUGGGCUGCGGAGAUGCAGGAUCAGCCCUACAGAAUGCAGAAUUUGGAAGAGGCACUGGCCCCAUAUGGCUGGAUGAUGUCAGAUGCACAGGGACAGAAUCAAAUCUCUAUCAAUGCCCCAAAAUGCCAUGGGGAGAACAUGACUGCAGACAUGAGCAGGAUGCAGGUGUUGUGUGCUCAGACCCGUUGGAAAUCAGACUGGUGGGAGGCUCAGGUCGCUGCAGUGGAAGGGUUGAAGUGCUCCUUCAUGGCCAGUGGGGCACUGUAUGUGGUCACGGCUGGGACAUGGAGGAUGCCAGAGUUGUAUGCCGGCAGUUGGGCUGCGGAGACGCAAGAUCAGCCCUACGGAAUGCAGAAUUUGGAAGAGGCACUGGCCCCAUCUGGCUGGAUGAUCUCCGAUGCACAGGGACAGAAUCAACUCUCGGUCAAUGCCCAGCAAGGUCUUGGGGGACACUGAACUGCAGUGAUCUAAAUGCUGCUGUGGUUGUAUGCUCAAAGCUCCGUUUCAUAAAUGGCUCAAGUAACUGCUCUGGACGGAUUGAGGUGUUUCACAACCAGCUGUGGGGGUCCGUUUGUGGCGCUGGCUGGGAUUUACAGGAUGCCAACGUUGUUUGUGGAGAAAUGGGCUGUGGAAAUGCCUUAAGAGUGCGAAGUGAAUCUUGGUUUGGCCAAGCAUCUGGUCCCAUUUGGCUGGAGAGAGUUAAUUGUACAGGAGAAGAAACAUCCUUCUAUGAUUGCCCCAGAGGUCCCUGGGGAGAGCACAACUGCAGCCACAGCCAGGAUGCAAGUGUGGAGUGCUCAGAACCACCAGAGGCCAGAUUGGUGAACGGCUCAAGCUUUUGUUCUGGAAGAGUUGAGGUGCUCCACAACCAGCAGUGGAGGACAGUGCGUUCUGUUUCCUGGAAUCUGCGUGAUGCCCAAGUAGUGUGCAGGGAAGUUGGCUGUGGACCUGCUUUGUCAGCCGAGAAAGGACCUCACUUCGGAAGAGGACAUGGCCCCUUCUUGUGGAAAGAUACAUUCUGUUUUGGGACAGAAGCUGCUCUCAGAUACUGUCAAAAAAUUGACAUGCUCCAUAAAGCAAUUUUUGAAGACUAUUUUGAAGACUAUUUUGAAGACUAUUGGAAAGAUGUUGGUACUGUGUGCUCAGGGCCCCCUUCACUCCCCGUUCGACCUGUGGGCUCUGUCUCUUCCUCUUCUCUGGUCGGUGAGACAGGAAAACCCCGGAAGGAGCUGUCCUCCUCCUCCGUGGGUGCGAAAACCUCUUCCCACCUGCCGAGGUUCCCACCCAUGGGUCCCUGCUCCGGAAGAGUCGAGGUGCUCCACAACCAGCAGUGGCUGACCGUGUGUGAUGAGGGAUGGGAUCUGAACAGUGCCAAUGUUGUCUGUCGAGAAAUUGGCUGUAGCCCUCCCUUGUCAGUCCCAAGAGGAGCUCAUUUUGGAAGAGGACAUGGUCCUGCCUGGUUGACUGGUGUCCAUUGUCAGGGAACAGAAGCUACGUUCAAGGAGUGCACCCCAAACAACUGGCAAACGAAAGACUGCAGCCAUGGAGAAGGUGCUGCCGUUGUGUGCUCAGAACCUGGACGGAUCAGAUUAGUGAAUGGUACAAACCGCUGCUCUGGGAGAGUGGAGGUGCUCCACAACCAGCAAUGGCUGACGGUGUGUGAUGAUGGCUGGGAUCUAAACAGCGCCCAGGCUGUGUGCAGGGAACAUGUCUGUGGGGGAGCCUUGUUUGUCCCAAGAGGAGCUCCCUUUGGAAGAGGAUGUGGUGCCACCUGCUUGGCUGGAGCCAAGCGUUGGGGGAUGGAAUACAGAUUUAAGGACUGUGACCUACACUGGGAAACACAUAAUUGCAGUCAUGGAGAAGAUGCUAGUGUUGUCUGCUCAGAGGAUAUCAGAUUGGUGAAUGGUACAAGCCCUUGCUCUGGAAGAGUUGAGGUGUUCAACGCCUGGCGGUGGGGGACUGUGUGUGAUGAUGGUUGGAAUCUGAGCAGCGCCCAAGUCAUGUGCAGGCAACUUGGAUGUGGGGAAGCCUUAUCAGUCAAAGUAGCAGCUCACUUUGGGAAAGGCAAUGGCUCCAUCUUGCUGGAUGAGGUCAGAUGCAAGGGGACAGAAGCUACCCUCCGCCACUGCCACCUACAGCCUUGGGGAGAACAUAACUGUGUGCAUGAAGAAGAUGCUGGUGUUGUAUGCUCAGGUAAAAAUUACAAUUAA